GUUUAAACUGAGUAUAUGUAUGUUUACAACUUGCGAAAAUAAUAAUGAAAGAACAGAAAGUAAGUGGUGAAGUCUUCUCCCAAGUGGUGCCUCCAGAAAGAGACGACGAAUGAGGCAGGGGGAGGAGAGGAGGUGCAGGAAGGCGGUAGGAGGGAGAGAGCCCAUGCGAUUACUGGGAGGUCAGCGUUUUAUUGCAGGCGUCGGGGUCUACUGAUGGAAAGAAAAGAGGGAAUGAACGGGAGAGAUGCUGGUAAUUUCUUUAUAGAUGUGCAAAAUGGCGCAAGCAUAUACUACUCCCACUAGUCCCGAGCUCAGAAUAUGAAGACCUAACCAGAUGAUUUCAUUUAUUCUGUCUUAUUUUAUUUUAUUUAUUUUUGCGAGUUUCGGUUUUUGACGGAUCGUAUUAUUUUUAAAGAGAGUAAAUGGCUCCUAAGCUCAGUUUCCCAUGCUUUCUUGGAGUACUCAUAAGAGCUCUAGUGGGUGUAACUUCUGGACCAGAGCUCUCCUUCACUCUGGAGCCAAGUGACAUAAUCGCCGUGCAAGAGCAGCCCCUCAUGCUGCCAUGCCAGGUGGACGGCAUCCCGCCAAUCACCACUCUGUGGCGGCGGAAUGGCCGCUGGCUCACCGAGGACCAGAACUAUGCCAUGUUCACGAAUGGGUCUCUGUUGAUUGGCCACUUUCAGAAGACUAGGUCUGAUGACUCGUCGGAUGAGGGAGAUUACGAAUGCGUGGCCCAGAACUCCUAUGGGCUGGUUGUGAGCCGCAAGGCACGAGUACAAGCUGCCACAAUGGCUGAGUUCCACGUGCAGCCCCAGUCGGUGCAUGCAGAGGAGGCGGGGGUGGCCCGAUUCCAGUGCCAGAUCCACGGGCUUCCGGAACCUGUUAUCAGCUGGGAGAAGGACAACCAGCCUGUGGACACUGACAAUGAGAGGUAUACUCUGCUGCCUACAGGAGUCCUGCAGAUCACUGGGCUGCGCCCCGAGGACAGUGGCCUCUUCUGCUGCGUGGCCCACAACAGUGCUGGCGUCAAACGCAGCACAAUGGCCAGCCUCACCGUCUCAGGCUCCCAAUCUUCCGUUUACAAAGAGCCCACGAUCCUGGUGGGCCCUGAAAAUCUUACUCUCACCGUUCACCAGACGGCCAUUUUGGAAUGCGUUGCUACUGGAUACCCACGGCCAAUAGUCUCCUGGAGCAGACUGGAUGGGCGUCCAAUCGGAGUAGAGGGCAUCCAGGUGCUGGGAACUGGGAACCUGAUGAUCUCUGACGUCAGGGUGCAGCACUCCGGCAUCUACGUUUGCGCAGCUAACAAGCCAGGGACGCGCGUACGCAGAACUGCGCAGGGGCGGCUCGUGGUGCAAGCUCCAGCCGAGUUCAUCCAGCCUCCGCAGUCCAUCGCACGCCCGGUGGGCACCACGGCCAUCUUCUCCUGCCUGGCUCAGGGCGAGCCUCUGCCGCAGCUCACCUGGCUGAAGAAUGGCCAGGUGCUGGAGCCAGGAGGACAUGUCAAACUCAGGAACAACAACAGCACACUUAUCAUCUACGGGAUCAGCCAGGAAGACGAGGCCAUCUACCAGUGUAUCGCAGAGAACAACGCCGGCUCCACCCAAGCCAGUGCCCGGCUGACUGUACUGUGGGCGGGCGGCCUGCCGGGGGCACCUCGCUCACUCCGUGCUGAUGCUGUCUCCCCCACCGCCAUCCAGGUGUCGUGGCAGAGUCCCCAGCAGAACACUCAGGACAUCAUCGGAUACGUGCUGCACAUCCGCAAGACAGCAGACCCAGUAGAAAUGGAGUAUCAGGAAGCCGUGGGCAAGAGUACACUGCAGCAAGUAGUGAGCGAUUUGGAGCCCUCCACCAGCUACACCUUCUACGUGAAGGCCUACACCUCACGUGGUGCCAGCAAGCCGUCGGAGCCGGCUUUGGAGAACACGCUGGGGGAGGCACCGGCAGCUCCAUCUCUCCUCACCAGGCUGGUGAAUGCCACUACAGUGCAGGCCUCCUGGGAGCCCGCCGGCAAACUGGGCCAGCAUGAAGGCUUCAAGCUCUUUUACCGCAAGGUGCACUCUAACACGUUCUCCGGACCGCUCACCUUUGCCCGCAACGUCACCGAGUACAACAUCACACAGCUGGACCCAGCACUGGUUUACGAGGUGAAGGUGCAGGCCUUCAACCAACAUGGCGACAGCAACGCCACCGUGCGCUUCGUCUCCCUGAAGGAGGCUGCUGAGAGAUCAGUGCUGGGAACCCCAUGUAACUGUGUGAAGGACGACCAAAGCAAAAGCUCCUCCACUGCAAUCAUCAUCGGGAUUCACUUUGGGGUCACCUGCAUCAUCUUCUGCGUGCUGUUCCUCAUGUUUGGCUACAGGGGCAGGCUAAUGAUGUGCAAGUCACUGCGGGACCGGCUCUCCACAGCACAGGCUGGGCACCACGUGCCCACACAGCCAUCUCCCGCCUCCUCCCAGUCCCAGAGUACCCUAACUAUCAAUGGGAUCACUCACGCCAGAGGGGAGAGAAAUGGAGAUGCCGUGGGGAACAGACAAGGAGACAGCAGUGACUUAGAGAGGAUCUUCCCAAUGCCUUGUCAUGAAGGUGAUCUGAGCUGGACUCAUUUGACUGAGGGUUCUGUCACAUCCUGUCCAUUGGAUGAGACUCAGAUGUCCAGAGUGUCCUUGGAGGUCUUCAGGCUGGUUUCAGAGGGACAGACAGAGGGCAGGGCAUCCAUACAGAUGUAGGGAGGAGAAGAGUUGCCAAGUGAUCGAUGCUCUCACAAUCUGUGAGGUGUACUGCUUUGAUUCUUAUUCUCAGGUCAUCCUGUUUUCUUUUUUUACUUCUUUUCUGUGCAAAGAUUAACUAAAUUAAACCACUUUUAGAAAAGCCACUGCAAGAAGGACCUGUAGCCUGGGUUUUCUUGAGUGAUUACUGUCGGGUACUCUUUCAUUCCUCUCAAUCUUUAUUCAGUCCAUUUUAAUCAGCUGCCAGCAGCAAGUACAAUAAUGGUCCAGAGUAUUUUUUUAGUAUUUUUAGCUCACAUUUUUAUUACAGACUUUCAUGAAACAGUAUAUUGCAGUGUUCUUUUGCAGUUUGUGUUAACUCUUCAGUUCAAACAGACUCCUGGCCUGCGCCAGCCCGCCGGUGAUCACACAAACCCAGCCAUGAAAGACAUGCUGGGCCUUUUCCAGGGAUUCUUAUGUCUCAGGUUUUUUCAGUCAUAUCAAAGGUUUUGUUUAAUUCUUCAGCCUGCAUUCAGGUUGAUGACGAACCCCAGGAUGUGCAAAAUAAACCUACCUCAGACAGAAUGUAUUUUGGGUGGGAAACAUUGUGGACUUGUCUUCCCUUUUAAACAGUUCAUUUAGAGGUAAAGCAAUCUGUCAGAAAAAGGCUUUGUGCUAUCUUGGCUCUUAGAAAUAUUCACACACGUAAGAAUAAAAUAGAAAUCCAACAUAAAGCACUUCAAAACCUUGAAGUCAAUGUUCUACCUCAAGAUAAUGAUGUUGUUGUUGUCAUUAUUGUUAUUCUUUUCAUAAUGAAACAUUUACUUCUGUUGUGAGAUUCUGGCCUUCCUCCACUGUUAGUGCAGGAUUUGGUAGUACCUCAUGCAAAUGUACCAUAUGGCAUUGUUUAUAAAUUGUUUAUAAAUUGUGAAGUAUUUUUAUAGUGUUGCAUUCUUAGAUGUGUUGCUGUUUUUGCAUAGAUAUUUUACCUCAGUAGAAUAUAAUUUUAUUUUUAGUUGUGGUAGUUAAGUAUAAUGACUGUUAGAGAUGCACUGUACUGCCACUAAUAUCUUCAGGAUAUUUUUACAGAUAUCGUUGUGCCAGAAAUUUGAGGGGGAGGAGGGAAACAUUUAAAAUUUAUCAUGUCAAAACCAUGCAGAAAUCAUGUAUGUUACAAUUGCUAUAAUAUGUAUGAUGUCUUUAGAGAUAUAAGCACAGAUUCAUCACCACAUCAGAUUGGGGAUUGACAAUACUGAAUGUUAUAAAUUU